AUGGAUCAGACCUACAAUCCGACGCAAUUGGCGCCUGUCAUACGCCUUAUGGUCCUCGAGACUGACAAGCCUCACCCAGACACGUACUCGAAGCGCGGCUCCUUUGGCCAAAUUAUACACACUCACUUUGCCAAAGCUGGGCGUGCCCAUAAUCCGCCUCUAGGCGUAGAGACGGAUCAAGUCUUUGUCGUGUCCGAACAAGGCGGCCGGAUUCCAACCGUGAAAGAUUUCGACCGCUUUGACGGGCUGCUCAUCACGGGGAGCGUGUACGAUGCUCACGGGAAUAACGAAUGGAUCCUGGAGCUGCUGGAACUUCUCAAGACUCUCUGGAUCAAGCGUACCGACUUCCACUUCCUGGGCGUUUGCUUCGGCCACCAGCUGCUCGCCCGCCUCCUCGGCGGCUCUAUUGCGCCCGCGCCCUCGCAAGACUGGGAACUCGGCCAUUGUCGUAUCACGCUUACACCCAUCGGCCAGCACCUCUUCCGUGCAUGUGAGCAACACAUUUAUCUGCAUCAGAUGCACCAGGAUCAGGUCGUCUCGCCGCCCACGGCCGCGUCCGCGGGACCCGACAUGCUCUCCCCGGACACCGAGGUCGCGUGCUGGGGCUACAGUGAGCAUACAGCUGUUCAGGGCCUGUACAUCCCGAACCGGCUGUUUACUACGCAGGCACAUUUAGCCUUCGACGAGGACAUGGUGAAACGACAAAUCCAGAUCAGAGUGGAGGGCGGCGGGAUCAAAGAUCUCGUGCAUGCGGAUCGGGCGGCCGACACGGCGCAUUUAGAGCACGAUGGCGUCGAAGUUGCCAAAGCUAUACUGCGGUCGUUUGUAUAUGACGACGAUGCAAAACAGCUAUGA